AGAAACAAAUUACAUCCGAUGCACAACAAGUUGUUUACCAUAUAUUAUUUCUUAAAUACACUAUUAUAAACGCUAACCCUUAGUUGAUUUUAAGAUUUAUUAGUUACUCAUAGACAACCCAUCUAUGUGGCACCCUAAUAGACCGUCCUCAACGUGUAACCAUUUCAACUCGCGCAUUGUAAGACUCGUACGUACAUAUUUAGCAAAUUCUGAUUUUUGGAGUGGGAUUUACAAAAUAAUAGGAUCACCGCAUGACCAUUUCUUCAAGCUCCAAAUAUACACAUUUCUCAACAAAAAACAACCAAAACUCUCCCUCUUUCAAUUGCCAUCUUUGCGCUUUGCUCGAACCCAACGGUUGACUUUAACUAAGAUCUUAUUAGAUCGGCAAGGAGAUUUUGUUUUCGUUUGUAUUCUUCUGGUAGGAGGGAGGAACCAAUAUGGGUCUGGAUGAUGAAAAUAAGAAAGGAGAAGCUUCAGGAGAAACAUCAGAUAGAGAAAAUAGGCUAAGCAGAAUGAACAGUGAAAGCUCCUUGUCUGAAGAAGACGAAGAGAGGAAGCCCGAACUCGGCCCCAUGAUCGCUCUCAAAGAACAGCUCGAGAAAGAUAAGGAUGAUGAAAGCUUGAGGAGAUGGAAGGAGCAGCUUAUCGGGGUCGUGGAUUUUGAAGACGUCGGAGAGACACCGGAUCCUGUAGUAAAGAUCCUACACUUGACAGUUAGGUCUCCAGACAGAGAGGAGAUGGUGUUGACGAUACCUGAUGAUGGAGUGCCAAACCCAAAAGGUCCUUGGUUCACCAUAAAGGAAGGAUCCAAGUACACACUUGUCUUCAACUUCCGUGUCACCAACAAUAUCGUUUCGGGCCUUCGCUACAACAAUACCGUUUGGAAAACCGGUGUCAAGGUGGAUAGUACGAAAGCAAUGCUUGGAACGUUUAGUCCUCAAGCUGAGCCUUACCAACAUGUAAUGCCUGAAGAAACGACGCCGUCUGGUAUUUUCGCUAGAGGAUCCUAUUCCGCAAGGACGAAGUUCGUUGAUGACGAUAAUAAGUGCUACUUGGAGAUCAACUACACCUUCGACAUCCGCAAGAAUUGGCAAUGAUCCACCUAAUUCAACACCUUCUUAAGUCCAAAACAUACAGACCGAAGCUCUUUUGAUAAUAUUCAUUUUUUUCUACCUUACAUUAUUUGACUUCAGACUAGAAAACUUGUUUAGCUUUGGAUUAAAUGAUCAUGAAUAAAAUUUAUCGUACGAGUAUUAAUCUAAUUUCCUCUUCACUUCUCUCGUGAUCUUUCUAUCUUGUAGAGUAUUUAUGGGCAAUGUUAUUAACAAUUAGAAAGUGAAAGAAUCGUUUGUCUUGAUUCUCCACAAUAACCAAAAACCAAACAAAUUGUCUCCAUUUCAGUCCCAAGAAGCUAAACGAUCGAAGGUGGGAUUCUUGCACUACAAGAAAGCAGAUGGAUUUAAUCGAACUCCGUCGGAAAUUUUUGAGAAAUUAUGACG